UUUUAUUUUUAAGCAUAUCUUUAAAAAGUAGCUCAUAGCUUUGCUAUAAAGAUGUAUAAUUGAUACCCCAUUAUUUAAAUUGAUUUAAUUAUGGCGAUUGAUAAUGUAUUUUUACACAACAUUCAAGUUUUUAAAUUUAAGUAUUUCUAAAAACGCGGGAAACUCAGCUUGAUUUUAUGGCUAUGUAUACUACUAAAACUGGAUAAUUAAGCGCUUAUUUAAAUUUUUUGGCUUUAAAACCUAAUAUAUUUUAAAACUAGAAGAGUUUAUCUUUAUAUUAAAAAAAAAUUAGACUUGGGUUACCUUUUUGAAUUUAAAAACAGUGCACAUCAAAUACUAUUCUUUAGCUAUAAAUAAAUAUAAAAAUGACUGAGUCUCAUAUAACAAAAUAAAAAAAAAUUAUGUCGAAUAUGUGGAGAAAAAUUUGGAAAUCGUAGUGUUCUUUUAACAAACCAUGUAAAUAGAAUAGAAUUGCAUUUUUUUAUACGAAUCGACAAGGACGACCCAAAGAUGCACCCUCAGAAGAUGUGUUACAGAUGCUAUUCAAUAAUGAGAAACAGAAAAAGGUUUCAAUACUAAUCUUAAAUUAAGAACCUGGAUUAGCAAUUGCCAGAAAUGUAAAUGUGUUUGCUUUAAAGUAAAUAAAGGAAGGAAACCAAAGAAAACUGUAAAAGGAAGGCCCUUGAGUAUAGCUAAUGAAGAAAUUUGGACUCGACAAGCAAUAAAUGACAUACAAGCUAAACUUUUACCUCUUCCAACUUUAAAUCUAAAACUACAAGACAUUAACCAAAACUUCAACCCACAUGUACAUCUUUGUGUCUGUUAUAUUUGUAAUAGUAUUAUGUAUAAACCAGUUAUCUUAAAAAACUGUCUGUAUUUGUUUUGUGCACCAUGUAUAUUACCACUUAUUAAUAAUAAAUUAUUAUCUAAAACAAAAUGCCCUAAAUGCUCUAAUUUAAUUUCAAUUAAUGAAUUAACCUCCUCUAGCAAUGUUAUUGAAAUGAUAAAUAAUAUUCAAGAAGAAUGCGAGCAACGUUGUGGUAGAUUAUUUAAAGUGUCACAACUGUCAGAACGCCUGAGUCAUCAAAAUAUUUGUCAGACAGCAAUACCAAUUUCCACAACAUUGUCAACAUCAUCAGAGUGUCUAUCAGAUAUAUUUGCAUUAAAUUCAACAAAUGUUAUCACAAGGGAUAUUGAUGCUGUCUCACUUCAUUUUAUUAAACAAAAAAUGUUGCAAACAACAUCCAAUGUAAUAGAAUUUCAGACAGAUGGACCAAGGCCUUUAUGCUUCACAUCAACACCAAAAGCCUAUAAAGAAAGUAAAGAUGCAACUUUACGAACAGUACGCAAACGACAAUUACAGUUAAACAAUUACAUAAGCACAACGUGUGGUGAAAGCAUUAGGUCGAAAAUCAAGCAAACCACUACUCUUUUGGAAUCGUUCAAUGAAAGUGAACAAGAAGUUAUUCUAAGUAAUUCAAAUAUUUUAAAAACCAAAAUAUCAGCUGAAGAAAUAAUAAGUUUAAAAGCUAACAUGAGCAGUACCUAUGCCAACAUGAAAAUAUUAUCUAGGUGGUUGAAAACCAAGAACAUCAUUUGUGCUUCAAAUGCACAACAAAGAUGCAUUGCUAAGAAAUGGUCAUGUGAUGAUCUUAUUAUUGAAAAAGCUCCAUUUAUGGUUGAAAAAAAAGAGUCCUAAGGUUCUUAUGAAAUAAAAGAAUUGCCAUGUGCUUAUAUUAACAAUCUGCAAGGACAUAUAAUAAAUGUGCUAGAUAGAUUAGAAAGCAACAACUUACAAUUGAAUAAAAAGAUUAAAAGCAAUGAAAUCCAUAUAAAAAUAGGAGUUGACCAUGGAGGUGGCUCGUUCAAAAUGUGUUACCAAGUAAUGAACAUAGAGAAACCUAAUACAAAAACAAACACAACUGUCUUUAAUAUAUUUGAAGCAAGUGAUUGUAAAACAAAUCUGAAGUUUUCACUGUCAAGAUUUAAAUCAGAAAUUAAUUUGUUGCAAAAUACCAUUUGCAGGUAAGAAUUUUCAAACGUAGAGAAAAACAGAUUCGUAUAUUUUUAUUUGAUGAUUACAAAUUCUUGUGUGCAAUCUAUGGAAUAACUGGUGCAACUGGUAGACACGCAUGCCUGUUAUGCAACAUUACAAGACAAGGAAUGUCAACUCCAAUCAAGGACAAUAUUGAAAUGCGAUCACUUGAGACACUAGAUUCACAUUUAGAAAAAUAUAAAAAUCAUGGUUCAGAUCCCAAAUUUGCCAAGUUAUGUGAUAAUUUUAUUGACCAAAGGUUAUUUAAUGUGCCACUUGAUCAGUUUAAGAUUGGAAUUCCACCAUUACAUAUCUUGCUUGGUACGUAUUUAAAAUUUUUCAAUAUGUUAGAAAAUUCUUGUCAUACGAUUGACGUCAAAAUUGCAUGUCGAAUGGCAGUAAACAACCAAACACUUGACUGUGAAGAGUUUAACAAAUACAUUGAGAAACAAUGUCAAAUAAAACAACUUCAGAUAAGUAUUCAGGAUAUUGAAGAUAAAAUAUGUAUUAUAACAGAAGCACUUGAAACUCACAUAUUAGCUAACCCUGAAAAUGAAGAAUAUAUAAAGUUAGUAUUUAAACCACGCAUAAUUCACUUUGAAGAGAAAAAAAAAGAAAAGAUCUCAGAAUUGAAAAUAAUGAAAGAAACUGACCAUGUAAAGAUGUCAUUUGGUCCACUAGUAAAUAAACUUGACGAGGUACUUAAUUUGUUAGGAGUGCAAAGGCAAGCAUACCAUGGGAAAAGUUUUGUUGGUAACCAUGUUAGCAAAAUGUUUAAGAUGAAAAGUAUCCUCCAACUAUGCAACUCGAUACUAAAGCUCGUAGUCGAACUUGGGUUCAAGGAUACUGACAUAAACAAUGAAACUAUUGAACUUUCUCAGAACUAUAAAGUCCUAUUUGAUAAGUUUGGGGUUUGCCACAAGCUUAUUAACUCCUGCAAGCAGUUUAACGAAGAAAACAUUCAAAAUCUUGAAAAUCAUAUUGAAGAGUUUAUGAAAUACUUUAUGAAAUACCGUAAUAAUUGGCCAAAUGAUUCAAUUACACCUAAGCUUCAUAUGCUUGAAUAUCAUGCAUCAUCUUUCAUUAGGAAAUGGGGAGUAGGACUUGGUAUUUAUGGAGAACAGGGUGCAGAGAGUAUUCAUGUUGAAUUUAACAGCAUGAAGAUUACCUACUGGCACAUAAAAGAAACACGUAAACUCAAAAGUAUAAUGGAUGAACACUUCUUAAAAAACCACCCAACAGUAAAAAAAUAUCAACAAAAACCUCUGCCUAAAAAGGAGAAAAUUGCAGAUACUUAAAAUAAUUUUAUAAAACAUUGCAAAAGGGUUUUCAGACAUUGCAAAAAGGUUUAAAUGAAAUAAAUGGUAGUAUUAUGGAAACGUAUGAACAAAAUUUGACGCAUGCGUGUGUUAAAAGUCCAUUACUAAACCACCGUGUUAGAUAGACUUUGAGCUGGAAACUAAAGCGUUGGCAAGUUAGCUAAAUUUUUGAGUUCUUUUUGUUUUUAUUUACGUAUGUUACUGCCAUAAAUGAUGAACCGUAAAUACUGGUUUUUUAUUCAACCAAAGUUUUAUCAUAAACAGUUAAUAAGAUUUAAAAUCUCAACUUUAAACCAACGCUAUUAAUGUUAUCUGCUGUAGAACAGAUAGAAGUGACUGAUCCAUGAUUUUUUGGUGAUUUAGAUAGUUAACUUCCAGACAUGGAGCAAACUCCAAACAUUAGUAUGUUUAUACCUAUGUCAAAUAAUGAGGCUGUGCAGAAAAUUGCUAUGAUUGGAGGCAGGGAACGAAAAAGCCCUUUGAAUUUACCCAGUAAACACAGGACGUUUUUAAAACGUUUUAAUUCCGUUCAAUCGGGAGUUAAAAGAACCAAUACAAUCGUUUUUAAAACGUUUUUUUGUAAAUGUUUUUUUUUAAUGUUAAUUUAAACGUUUUUUUAGCAUUUUUUAAGCGUUUUAUUUUUUUUAUUAACUAACGAUAAUUCUCAGUUAGCUUAUAAACGAUUUUAAAACGUUUUUUUAACGCGAUAAAAAAACAUUUUUUAUCGUUCAGCACGUCAAUAUCUAAAAGAGGAAGUGUGUUUAUGCAAAUAAUGGCGUGACCUUCGAUUAUGUAAAUUAAUUUAUUUAAGUAAAAAUUAUAUAAAUUAACAUAUCUUUAAAUCAACUAAGUGUUUGUAUUGUUUUCUUGUAGAAUUAAAUUUGAAAAUAUAUUGGAGUAUUUUUAGUUUAAAGUUGUAUGCCUUCGUUGAAAC